CAAGAAUCCCCCAUGCCAGACAAGGAAGAAGACAUGGAUGAGUUUCUUUUUGUCCAUCAGUCAAAUGCUCAAAAGCAUCUUUUAGAGCGAUAUGGACAAGAGAUAUGUCUCCUAGAUGCCACCUACAAGACCUUCAAGUUUGAUGUGCCUUUAUUUUGUGUGUGUGUGAGCACAAAUAGUGGUUUGGUAGUAGUUGGCCUUUUUAUCCUGCCACAUGAGACCUGCUUUCAUAUUAAACGGGGACUUGCAGUGCUCAAGGACUGGAAUCCCAACGGGAAGCCCACUUAUUUAAUGACAGACUAUGACAGGAAGGAGAUACGGGCUGUUGAGGAAACAUUUCCUGGAUGUUUUUCCUUUCUCUGUGACUUUCACAGAGAACAGGCCUGGAAACGAUGGGUUGGACCUGCAAAUGGGGUAAAGGAUGCAGAUGAGGUUCUAACAAUGUUACGCAGCAUUGCCAACUCGCCAGACGAAGCAACCUACAAUGAAACUGUAGGUGUGCUUAAAUCUUCAUCUCACUGGUUGGAUAACAAAAGUCUUUAAGAGUGGUUUGGACAUUUUUGGCUCAAUGAAAGCAA